AUGGGACCAAACGACUUCAACAACAAUCUAGGCGAUCCCACCGUCAACUUACAUAAAGACGCUUAUGAUGAACUAAUCGCCGCCGUUGAAUACGUUCCUUCAUUCAAUCUUGGAAUUAACGUCUACGAAACUAGUAAGAUAGCUGCCGUAGUGUACGAGUUUGAUGGUAUACGGAACAUUAUCUGGUUCAAUCUGCCUACGGUGGACGAGAUUAAAAGAAGAAAGCCGAAAAAGAUCAACGGUUUCCUUGUUUUCAGAAACCGUCUUCUUCGAGAAUUGAAAACGCUCGGAGAGACCCUUAUGCCGCACACUAUGACGCAGAUAGCAGCGCGCGUAUGGCGUGCCACAAACGAUGUUAACAAGGCAGUAUUUCUUACACUCGCCAACGAAGUUAUGGAUUCAAUACGAUCGGAAGGAUCAGGCAUGGAUGUUGCUGGUACUGAUGCAACUACCACAUGUUAUGAAUUCCGUUGUCAGCAUUGCAAUGGACGUAACAUUGUUAGGCGUUGA